AUGGGCUUCUUGAAAUUCUUCUCGUCCAAAAGGUCAUCUGACAAGUCAUCAAACGGUAUCAAGGCGCAAGCAUACGAUGCUACGACAGCUUCUCUUCCCCCGCUUCUAGGUACCUACCCGGUUGCCGGCAAUGGACCAACCAAUGUCUUCGAGGACCUUCAACGGUCUCAUCAUAAGAUGAGCGAAACCAACUUGUCUCUUGCAGCGGGUUCCGAAGCUUCUGCCCCGGCACCGCCCGUCUUGCGAUUCCGUGAUUCCAGCGUCGAGCGCCCGAGUUCUGCGCCGGGCAGCGCUGUACCUCCCAGCUUUUCACCGUCUCCGUCCGGCCGCUGGGGGAGAGACUCAUCGAGGGGUCCGCCUUUGUCGUUUAGGAAACCACGAAUCGGGUCACUUACAUCGACGACGUCUGGUCUAUCGGGAUUAUCUCCCGCUCCAAAACGAAGCAGCAACUCUACAGCAAUACCGUUCGAGGGAGAUCCGUUUCGCCCACCAACUGCUCCCUUCACCCAUAACCGCCACCUUUCCAUGCAAAGUACAAGCACAGCCGCAGUCAGAGGCUUCAUUGAUCUGCUGGAUGCACAAUCCGAGAUCAAGCCUUCGGGAUUUCAGAGUCGAGUGAAGGCAUCGGGCGCUCGGGAUUACGGAGAAGAUGUUGCUGACCGCAACAUUGGCGAGAAUGGAGUAGACCUUGAAUCCGACAAAGUCCAAGCAUUUUACGCAACAAACGGUGGUAGUCCGCGGGAUCGACACAACGGCGCGUUUGCGGUUCCAGCAAGAGCCCAAUUCGGAGACAAAGAACAAACGUUCAAGCCCCCCCGACGCCACGAUUCACUGGACAACGAGGCUCGCACGAAGUCUCUGACAUCGGCGAGCCUCGGCCAGGUACCAUUCCGAACUAACAUUUUCAAUCUUGAAGGCUCCCUUGACCGCGAGCCAAUCAUGGAGUCUGUUUCGGAGACGAUUCGUGGCCGUCGAAGGCAAUCGCUAGGUGCUUACAUUCCUACGACGCCAUCGAAUGCAACAAACGGUAGAACGCUGAGUCUUAGAAAGUCGACAGCGGAUGCUUCUGGAUCCCCAAAUGGUCGAAAGCACAAGAGGCGAUCUACUCUCGGAGGCGAAGCUCCCCUGAACGAAUUGGGUAUCUUUACAUCUGGGAGAGGGCAUCUUGACCCAUCGAUGUCACCAAAGACGACCCAAAAGCCAACGUACUUGGUCAAGCACAACUACUCGUUACCGGUCCAGCAACGACCAAAGACUUCGUCAGGUCUUAUCCACACUGAAUCAUACCAGGCGGUGAGGCCGCCAUCCCGCGGAGGGUCAGUAGCCAGUCCCACAUUCUCCUCCCCAACCCAGAAGUCACCAUCCAAACGGCACACCCUCUCCGCGAUAGGCGGUGCUGCAGCAUCUACUCGUCCUACCGAGUGGCCGCGGAAUGCGAAGCCCGAUGGACAGCCCGGCACAAGAGGAUGGGUCGGUCGAGUUGAGGUUGAGAGCUUUGUUGAUUCUGCGGAUGUGUCCUCACCGGCGCCUUCACCUCAUGUGAUGAGAAGUGGCCACUCGUGGCGUGAAGCCCAGGAUGAUUCUUACUCACGAUCCAAGAGUAACGGAGUACCAUUUGGAAAGGGCAAGCUGGAUGAGAUCUACGAACACGUGCCCAUGCGGACGAGUAGCCUUCGGCACUGGUCGAUUUCGUCGGCGACCCCCACGAUGUCGAGCACCAGCUCCUUUCAACGACCUCAUUCCCGACACACGACAACGACGACGGUAGAUCUGGCUACCAUGUCGUCCUUCCUCAAUGACAGCUGCAGCUCCUUACACAGCGGUACAGGUGACCAUGCAUCGUUCUGCACAGCACUGGAGAGUGCCUUGCCCUCUCCAAUUACCCCGGCAAAGCUUGGAGAUGCGUUCAACAUUGACGACUACUUGUCGUCAGACGAUGACAUCGACGCCGACUCGUUCAUCACCACGCGGAAGCGUGGUUCAGCACAAAGCGGUGACCACGAAGAAGGGCUCCUCUUCAGCGACGAAGGGUAUGGCGAAGGCGGUCUUCAGUUGCCGGGUCUCUUUGAUGGUCUGUCUAACAUCCCGGACCCCGAAACCACGUCGCCGGAGCGGUUUGGUCAUAAAUAUUCCCUCAGUAAUCCCGGUGGUCGUUUACAUCGAAAGUUCUCUUUAGACCCCAGGAUUGAAGCGCCAAUUUCUACUCUUGAUGAUGGCGAUGGUGAUGCUGAGGACGAGGACGAUGACCUGUUUGAUAUCCCCAUGCGAUCGGACCUGGCUCUCGGGCGUCGGGGCACGCAGAGGAUCUCGGCACUGGGGACCAUGUACCAGAGUAUUGAGGAAGAGAAGGACGAGAAGGUCGACGUCCGGGCCGCCGUCCGGCUUCGAAAGGAAGACAAGGCGCGGCAGCGGGCGUUGGCUAGAUUCAGCAGAGUGCAACAUAGGAGGGUUUCCCAGUUCGAGGGGAAGCAGGGCGGUAGUGAGUGA